AUGGGUAAAAGUACCCUCGUGAAUCUCAGAGGAGAUGGAAAAGGAUGUCUCAAAGAAUGGGACAGAGUUUAUGACUAUGAUUUCUACAAUGACUUGGCAAUGCCGGACAGGGGUCAUGAUUUUCAUCGUCCAGUUCUUGGAGGAUCCUUGGAUUGUCCUUAUCCCAGAAGAGGGAGAACCGGUCGGAAACCACACAAAAAAGAUUCGAGGACGGAGAGCAGACUGUUUCUUCUAAGCUUAAAGAUUUACGUACCACGCGACGAACAGUUUAGCCUCGUGAAGUUCUCAGAUUUCGUUGCCUACGCUUUGAAAUCUUUGUUUCAGGUACUUAUCCCAGAGGUUGCAGCAUUAUGUGACAAAACCAUAAAUGAAUUUGAUUCCUUUCAAGAUGUACUUGAUCUUUAUGAAGGUGGUAUCAGACUACCAAAUGAUGCCACUCUUAAGAAGAUAAGAGAUUGUGUCCCUUGGGAGAUGAUCAGGGAACUUGUUCGUAACGACGGCGAGAGAUUGAUGAAGUUCCCGAUGCCUGCUGUUAUCAAAGAGGAUAAGUCUGCUUGGAGGACAGACGAAGAGUUUGCACGAGAAACACUCGCAGGCGUCAACCCAGUAAUCAUCAGUAGGCUGCAAGAAUUCCCCCCUGCAAGCAAGCUUGAUCCUGAAGUAUAUGGAAACCAGAAAAGUACCAUUACAAAGGAGCAUAUUGAGAGAAACAUGGAUGGAUUCACUGUGGAAGAUGCUCUAAAACACAACAAAUUGUUUAUAUUGAACCAUCAUGAUGCCUUGAUGCCUUACUUGGCAAGGAUAAAUUCCACUACCACAAAGACUUAUGCCACAAGAACUCUGUUCUUCCUACAAGAGGAUGACACGCUGAAGCCGUUGGCAAUCGAGUUGAGCUUGCCGCAUCCGCAAGGCGACAGCCACGGAGCUGUAAGCAAAGUUUUCACCCCGGUGGAGGAUGGUGUUGGAAGUUCGAUCUGGCAGUUGGCUAAAGCUUAUGCUGCUGUGAAUGAUUCUGGCUACCAUCAGCUCGUUUCUCAUUGGUUAAACACCCAUGCUGUAAUCGAGCCAUUUAUAAUCGCUACUAAUAGACAGCUGAGUGUGGUUCACCCUAUAUAUAAGCUUCUUCAUCCCCAUUUCCGUGAUACAAUGAACAUAAAUGCUUUGGCUCGACAGACACUCAUCAAUGCCGGUGGUGUACUUGAAUUAACAGUCUUUCCAGGAAAAUAUGCACUUGAAAUGUCAUCUGCUAUUUACAGGAACUGGUUUUCACUGAACAGGCUUCCUGUUGAUCUAAUUAAGAGGGGAAUGGCAGUGCCGGAUUCGAGCUGUCCCUAUGGACUCAAAUUGAUGAUAAACGAUUACCCAUACGCCAUUGAUGGGUUAGAAAUCUGGGCCGCCAUUGAAACCUGGGUAACCGAGUACUGUUCUUUCUACUACCCAUCAGAUGAAACAGUUAAAAACGACACUGAAAUCCAAUCAUGGUGGUCGGAGGUCAAAAACGAAGGCCACGGCGAUUUAAGAAAAGAACCAUGGUGGCCGGAGAUGAACACAUUAGCUGAUCUCACCCAAGCAUGUACCAUCAUCAUAUGGAUAGCUUCCGCUUUCCACGCAGCUGUCAAUUUCGGACAAUACCCAUACGCCGGAUACCUCCCAAACAGACCAACAGUCAGCCGUCGGUUCAUGCCGGAACCAGGCACCAAAGAAUACGACGAGCUCGAAAACGACCCAGAUUUGGCUUUCUUGAAAACAAUCACCGCACAGUUCCAAACUUUACUGGGUGUAUCACUUAUAGAAGUCUUAUCAAGGCAUUCAACCGAUGAAAUAUACUUGGGGCAAAGAGAUACGGCGGAAUGGACCACCGACGAUGAACCCUUAGCGGCAUUUGAAAGAUUCGGGAAGAAACUGGUGGAAAUUGAGAGUAGGAUUAUGGAAAGAAACAAUGAUAGUAAAUUGAAGAACAGAGUUGGACCGGUGAAGGUGCCGUAUACAUUAUUGUAUCCUAGUACAUCGGAUUAUAGCAGAGAAGGUGGGCUUACAGGGAAGGGAAUCCCCAAUAGUAUCUCGAUAUAAAGCUCUUUGCCAUUGGCAGGCUUUCCAUGGCAGGAAAGUAUCGAUUUAUGGGAAUAUAAUAGGUUUUCCUUUUUUUUCUUUUUGGGUGUGUAAACUUCAACCAAAAGGUAAGUUAGAGAUGUCAAAGAAUAAAUUAGAUUCAUUGCUUGUGCAGAAUUAGAUAAAUAAAUAAAGGCAGUUUCUGAAUAUGAUCGGAGAAUAUAGGGAAGAGUGGUCCAAGUGGAGAGGAUGACUUAGGGAUGCCAACUUUAUUUGGAUUUAAUCCGAUAAUUCUAGCAUUAUUUUUCGAUUUUAAA